AUAAAUUGACAUGUCCUCGUAUUGUUUUUUUAAAUGCUUCCUAAUGGUUUGAAUAAAGUGGCAAAUAAAUGUCAACAAACACACAGAGAGUGAAUCAACACUUGUCCACAUUGAAGUAAAUAUUGCUCUGUUAAAACAGCCAGCCUUUUUCAACUAACCCUUAUAAAGUUUUGUGUAGCUUUUUAAAGCACACAUUAACAUAUGCGUGUCGCAAGAUGCUGACAAACUGCGUGACGAUAUGCAAUUAAAGAUAAAAAGUUUUGUUCAUGGAUUAAAACUUAUGACAUAUGAUGAUUUGUUUUUUUAAUUAAAUUACACCCCCGUCUUCGAUGAACACAUCAAUUUCAUACAUUGAAUUUAAUUAUUCGCUAAGUACUUGAAGAAAUUCAAGCUUAUAUAAGCUAGAAACUGUCGUGAAGUAUUCAUUUACAAAUUAGUGGAGAGAGAGAACGGUGGUAGUAAAAAAGUAUUAUAAUAUAAGUUUUUAAAGUAAAGAAAAAUAAUAUAAUAUGAAUCUAAACAAUUUAACUCAACAGAUGGAAAGUAUGCCUACAAAUACAAAGAAACCAACUAGGAUUGUUGUCAUGGGAGAUUUGGGUGUAGGAAAAAGUGCAAUUGUCACAAGAUGCAUCAAAAAUAAAUUCUACAAAUCACUGGUAUCUGGAAGAGAUCUAUCCUAUAGAUAUAACGCCAACUUCGGCAAGAAAACUGUACCUUUAGAUGUUGUGGAUUUCAAUGGAAAAAAUGAUGCAUUGAUAAGCUGUGCUGAUGGCUUUAUAUUGUGUUACUCCAUCACUGACCGAAAGAGUUUUGAUGCAAUUGACGACUAUUUAGAUAAAAUCGUCGAUGCAAACAUAAAACACCCAAAAAUUACCAUCAUUGGAAAUAAAAGCGAUUUAUAUCGAGAUAGACAAGUGACUUCUGCUGAAGGGUUUUUAUUAGCAAAAGAAAUUAACGGACAAUUUUACGAAACAUCUGCGAAAAUUCCUGUCAUCGAUAUCCGGCAAGUUUUUUACGAUUUAUAUAAAGCGAUCAAAAGCGCUAAAAAAAAUAGAAAAGACAAAAAAGACAGUUUCGAUUACGAAUCUCCCGAGGAUUAUAGCAUAAUGGACCAAGCUAUGUUAAACUCAUCCGGACUUCUUGGCUACAGUCGCUGCUCACAACGCGGCUACUUGAGUGGACUAAGGGAAAUGAGUCGAAGGCUUUCAAGUAGACCAAGAAAAUUAACCAUAGAUUCUUCAUUAUAAACAAAUUUGCCUUUUUUAUAAUUAUAAAAACGAAAACCUUUUCUCGCAUUCGUCAUACGAGUAAUUUGACCGUGUCAUGUUUUGUCAUGUCCUUCAAACAUAACCUUUUUUUAUGAAUCAAGUCAAAGAAUUUAUGACCCACCUAGUUAAUCAUAGGUGAACACACAAUCGUUCUCUGUUUUUCAAAUAAAAACUACCCACUGUAGAUAUAUACUUGUGAAUUUGUUUAUAGUAUUUAAUAAGAGGUAGCUAUUUAUAUAUUAUUACUAUAUUCAAUAUAUAUUUUAUUUCUAUACAAAAUUGUACAAAUAUAAAUCUUAUUGACAUAACAUUAUAAUACAUACUAGAAAAAAAACCCAUCAAAAAACGUUCAGUAUUGUUUUUAAUAAUAUUUUCU